AUGGCAACCUUAACAAUCAACUCGAAGUUGCGCAUGAACUCAGGAUAUGACAUUCCCGUUCUCGGAUACGGUGUCUACCAGACGCCCGCAAAAGAGUGUGAGGAAGUCACGUCACUUGCAUUCAAAGCCGGAUACCGUCAUGUCGAUUCAGCUAUAGCCUACAAAAAUCAAGAAUUUGCUGCCAGUGCUAUUCAUAAGUCCAACAUCCCACGAGAAGAUAUAUUUUUCACAAGCAAGAUUCCUCCCCGCAACCUAAGCUAUGAGAACAGCAAAGCUCAGGUGGAAGACACCUUGAAAGAAACCAACCUCGGUUACAUCGACUUGAUGCUCAUCCAUGCACCGUAUGGUGGCCGGGAGGCCCGAAAAGGUGCCUGGAAAGCAUUACUCGAGGCGCAAGAGGAAGGCAAAAUUCGUAGCCUUGGAAUCAGCAACUAUGGCGUGCACCAUCUAGACGAAAUGGAGGUUUACAUGAAGGAACUCGAGGAAGAACGGGGAAAGGGGAAAGGUGGUGUAAUUGAUGUGGGGCAAUGGGAAUUGCACCCCUGGCUCCCCCGUCGGGAUAUCGUCGAGUGGUGUCAAAAGCGCGGUAUCCUUCUCGAAGCGUACGCACCCCUUGUGCGUGGCGAAAGGCUGGAAGAGCCAGCUCUACAGCCGCCGAUGAAGAAGUAUGGAAAGACUGCAGCACAGGUGCUGGUUAGAUGGAGCUUACAGAAGGGAUUUGUGCCUCUGCCCAAGAGCGUUACCCCUAGCAGGAUUGUGGAGAACGCAGAUGUGUUUGAUUUCGAGUUGACAGAGGAGGAGAUGAAGAGCUUGGAAACGCAAGAGUACUCUCCUUGCUGCUGGGAUCCCACAACUGCUCCAUUAGAUCAGUGA